UGUACGUGUGCAUGUGUGUGAGCAUAAAAUAGACCUGCAGAGUGCAAGCUGGAGGAAGAGAGGAUUGUUUGUGGAGGAUGAUAGUGCUGCUGCCUCUCCUUCCCAUGCUACAUAAUUCACUAGGAUCUGACCUCUGUGUUCUGUCAUUUUGGUACUAUCUCUGUUCAACGUCAUUAGCUGUUGGAAACUGGGCUGAGCUUUUGGAAGUGCAUUUCAUUUUGGUGAUUUUUUCUGUCUGUUCAUGGGUGUAUGCAGAAAGGCACAGAACAGCAGAGGAGAGCGAAAGAAAGGGAUAGACAGAGAGUCUAUCAUGCUUGUGCUAUAACUGAACAGCAGGAGCAUCAGACAGAGUUGGAAGGGGGGUCUCAGACAAUAGCUGCAGACACUGUUCGCUCACCGACCACAACGAGCAACAAAAGACAAAAGAAGAAGGAGAAUCUUCUGAAUGCAAGACUCAAUUUCUUUGGCUACUGAUUGUCAGGAUUACAUGAGCCACUGCCACCAUAUUGGGGACAUACAGGAUGUCUGUGUCAGGAAAGAAGGAGUUUGAUGUAAAACAGAUCCUUAGACUUCGCUGGCGUUGGUUUAGUCAUUCCUCUCAAACAUCAGCAGGAAAUGGGGGGUACAUUCAUCAAGAGGGAUACGAGCAUGGUGGCACACCACUCCAAAGCCGUCUAAAGAGUCACUCCCGGGAUAGAGGAGGACUUCGUAAGAGCAACAGCCCAGUGCACAGCAUUUUGUCUCCCACCCCUGGCUCAACACCUGUCUAUGUCAGGCCAGGCAGUCAAUCAUGGCACCAGCAGAACAUUAUCCAGCACCUUCAGGGCUGUGAUGAUUCUUCAAAAAACAGUCCUCUGUCUUGUGCCAGGAAAGAGAAUGGGCAGAUCAGUCAGGACAAUUUGAAGAGCAACCCAGAGGAGAACCCUGAGGAGGAAGCCAUUGACAGGUUGACUUUGAGUAGUUACUCUAGGAUGAGCUCCAACUGCUCAGAUGAGUUUUUCCAGGCCACAAACCAUGCAGAACAGACCUUUCGAAAGAUGGAGACAUACCUGCAGCACAAGCAGCUGUGUGAUGUACUUUUGAUAGCUGGUGAUCAUAAGAUCCCUGCACACAGACUCGUUUUAAGUGCAGUGUCAGACUACUUUGCUGCCAUGUUCACCAACAAUGUACGGGAGGCAAAACAGGAUGAAAUCAAAAUGGAAGGUGUUGAUCCAGAAGCACUGAGAUCAUUAGUUCAUUUUGCAUACACUGGUGUACUUGAGCUAAAGGAAGAGACAAUUGAGAGCCUAUUAUCUGCAGCAUGUCUUCUCCAGCUCUCACAGGUUAUUGAGGUCUGCUGCAACUUUCUAAUGAAACAACUUCACCCAUCCAACUGCUUGGGGAUUCGCUCAUUUGCUGAUGCUCAAGGAUGCAUGGAUCUGCUAAAUGUGGCACACAAAUACACCAUGGAACACUUUUUGGAAGUCAUUCAAAAUCAGGAAUUUCUCUUACUUCCAACAACGGAAAUAGUCAAGCUACUGUCCAGUGAUGACAUCAAUGUUCCUGAUGAAGAGACCAUUUUCCAGGCAUUGAUGAUGUGGUUGCGCUAUGAUGUGCAGCAUCGGCAAAAAGAUCUAGGAUUAUUACUCUCCUACAUUCGCCUACCCCUUCUGCCACCUCAGCUGCUUGCUGAUUUGGAAAACAACAAGAUGUUUUCCGAAGAUCUGGAAUGUCAAAAGCUGCUGAUGGAGGCUAUGAAGUACCACUUGUUGCCAGAGCGUCGGCCGAUGCUACAAAGUCCAAGAACCAAACCACGCAAGUCCACUGUAGGGGCACUGUAUGCAGUAGGAGGAAUGGAUGCAUCAAAAGGUUCUACAACAAUAGAGAAGUAUGAUCUUCGCACUAAUACAUGGAUCCAGGUUGGCAUAAUGAAUGGCCGGAGGCUUCAGUUUGGUGUAGCAGUCAUCGAUAAUAAGCUCUAUGUGGUAGGGGGAAGGGAUGGCCUCAAGACAUCCAAUACAGUGGAAUGUUAUGAUCCACUCAAUAAAGUGUGGUCCACAAUGCCUCCUAUGUCAACCCACAGACAUGGGCUAGGGAUUGCUGUCCUGGAAGGGCCUAUGUAUGCGGUGGGAGGGCAUGAUGGAUGGAGCUAUCUGAACACAGUGGAGAGGUGGGACCCCCAGGCAAGACAGUGGAAUUAUGUGGCCAGUAUGUCCACUCCUCGCAGCACAGUGGGAGUCACUGCUCUCAAUGGAAAGCUGUACGCAGUUGGUGGACGAGACGGAAGCUCGUGCUUGCGGUCCAUGGAAUGUUUUGAUCCCCACACUAACAAAUGGAGCAUGUGCGCACCAAUGGCGAAGCGGAGAGGAGGCGUGGGCGUGGCCACCUACAACGGCUUUCUGUACGCGGUCGGCGGCCAUGACGCGCCAGCCUCAAACCACUGCUCUCGUCUUUCUGACUGUGUAGAAAGGUAUGACCAAAAAACUGACACGUGGACCAUGGUGUCGCCGCUAAGUGUUCCACGUGAUGCAGUGGGAGUGUGUUUGCUUGGUGACAGGCUGUAUGCAGUGGGUGGAUACGAUGGCCAAUCCUAUCUAAACAGUGUAGAGUCCUAUGAUGCACAGAAUAACGAGUGGAUUGAGGAGGUGCAGCUGAACAUUGGCAGAGCUGGGGCCUGUGUGGUGGUGGUGAAAUUGCCUUGAGCAUUCAAGCCAUGAUCUUACAGGACACACACCAGCAGUGGAAAACAGACAUUCAAUGUCAUCAUGUGUAAUUUCUCAUUUUAGUGUCCGUUCCUAUUUUACUUGGAUGACAAUAAUGUGAAAGGGCCUCCUUGUUGAGUAUCGCCUAAUAGCUGAGUAUUGCAAUAGUAGACACUGAAAAAAAAAUGUGAAUGUUUAAAAUCUCUGCAUAUAACACUUUAUGCUUCGACUUUAUUAGAAAUGAGUAUUUAUUUCCUUUCUUUAUUUUACAGAUAUAUCAAAUUAAUUUUCGUCUUUCUGUAUUAAUAACCUCCAGCAACCCAAAGUGAAAUGCAUUUACAGAAUAAAAAGAAACCUGCAGAAUGUGUUUUAAGAAAAGGAAAUAUUUUUUGAUGUUUUAACAAUGCAUUUAAAAACACUGUGAAUACGUCUAGUUGUGAGAAUGCAUCCAGUUUUGAGUUAAUAUGCUCAGAAAAUGUUUUGGAGAAAAUUUACACACAAAUGUUAUACACUUUUUUUAAUGUAAGCCUAAGACAUAGCAUGAAACUACUCAGCAGACAGUUAAAAAAAAAUAUUUCAAUAAAGUAGCUGCAAAACACCAAAGUAUCAAGUGAUAGUAGUCAUGACUUUUCAUGUUUACAAAAAUAGUGAAUAUACAAAAUAUAUCAUAUUGAUAUUUUACAUGAAUGUAUAGUUUUUGUAAUUAAGUAAUGUAUAUAUUUCCUGAAUCAGUGUUAUAAAUGUAUUUUAUGAUCAUCUUUGUUUUAAUUUUGGUAUGCUGCUUGGGUAUGUUUGAAUGCCAUAUUAUAAUGCUUUCGUAUGUUGUCAAAUCCAUAUCAAGAGGUCAACAUGAAUGUGUUUGGAUUAAGGCAGUGUUUGAAUGGUUUGGCCUUGUUCCAUUGCCAUGUAGGUGAAUAUUUCACAAGGGAUACUGACUUAAAAUUUCUCAAUUUUGAAUAGUCCAUAACACGUUUUCAAAAUAUUUUUUUUAUUUGUAUUUAGUAAUUUGCUAUUUGUAACAAGCGAGAUUUACAGAUACAUGUAUUUUGCUUUUCAUCAUUUUAUAUAGCAUGUAAUCAUAAAUAAACUUUUCUCCCUCGUUAUCUA